GCAAAGAGAGAGAGAGAGAGAGAGAGAGAGAGAGAGAGAGAGAGAGAGCAGCGCGCACAGAGCGCAGAGCGGCGCCCCACCACCGCCUUUGCGUCAACCAUCCUCACACACACACAGCCAGUGACACAACACAACAUCAGCCCCUCGCAGCAUCCGCAUCUCACGGCCACAGGAGGACCAGGAGCACAUCUUCAUGAGCAUCCAUUCCACUACUGCCUGCCUGCCUGCGCACCGUCCACUCCAGGCUGAUCACCAUCCACAGCUUGCUGUUUUCUUUUUCUUCUUUUUUUUUCUGGCAUCGGCUCGGAUUAUUUUUCUUUGUUGCUUUUAAAUUCUCCGAGAUGUUUUAAUCGCGUCUUGUAAGGAGGGGAGAGAAAAAAAACAAGCCGUGGACGCGGAGCAGCAGCAGGAAAUCUGCAGUGGCCAAUCCGGAGAGCUGAACCAGAACCACAGCAGAGGCGAUCGUUAUCCCCUCAGAGAGGCUUUAGAUGCCCAGCGGCAGCCUGUAGCCCGGGACUCCCAGCUCACCCUCAGGAUCUCCCCUGGCAGACGCUCUUCUGACCCAGCGCGGCUGAAGCCCCUGGACGCCCCCCCACAGUCACCAUGGGAACCGUGCUGUCUUUGUCCCCCAGCUACCGAAAGGCGGCCCUCUUCGAGGAUGGACCGGCCACCGUGGGCCACUACACAGCUGUCCAGAACAGCAAGAACGCCAAAGACAAGAACCUGAAGCGCCACUCGCUCAUCAACGUGCUCCCGUGGAAGCGGAUUGUAGCGGUGUCAGCCAAGAAGAAAGGCUCCAAGAAGGUGCAGCCCAACAGCAACUACCAGAACAAUGUCACCCACCUGAACAAUGAGAACCUGAAGAAGUCGCAGUCGUGCGCCAACCUGUCCACCUUCACCCAGGAUCAGAGCACUCCAGCUCUCACCAAGAGCUCCAACAACACAGUAUCAUCUGUCAAGAAGGCCCCUCUGGCCAACUCCAAUGUGGCCCCUGGGACCCCAAAGAGAGUGAUUGUCCAGGCCUCCACCAGUGAGCUUCUGCGCUGCCUCGGGGAGUUUCUGUGCCGGCGUUGUUACCGGCUGAAACACCUGUCACCCACUGACCCAGUGCUGUGGCUGCGCAGCGUGGACCGCUCCCUGCUGCUCCAGGGCUGGCAGGACCAGGGCUUCAUCACCCCUGCAAACGUGGUCUUUGUCUACAUGCUUUGCCGUGACGUGGUCUCCUCCGAGGUGGCCACGGAGCACGAGCUGCAGGCCGUGCUGCUCACCUGCCUCUACCUGUCUUACUCCUACAUGGGCAACGAGAUCUCCUACCCACUCAAGCCCUUCUUAGUGGAGAGCUCCAAGGAGACCUUCUGGGACCGCUGCCUGUCCAUCAUCAACCUGAUGAGCGCAAAGAUGCUCCAGAUCAACUCCGACCCGCACUACUUCACUCAGGUGUUCGCUGACCUGAAGAACGAGAGCCAGAAGGAGGAGGAGAGGAGCCGCCUGCUCAUCGGCCUGGACCGGUGAGGGGAUGCUGGGGGUGGGGGGCAGCAG